UUCUGAUUGGCCGGCGGUGGUCGGCCCCACCCCGUGGAGCGGGCGGUUGGGGAAGCUCUGGGCUGUUGGGGAGGCGCCGGGCAAACCCGGCCAAGAUGCAGUCGCGGCACCGGGUGUCGCUGGGCGAGCCGGGGGCAGCGCGGGCUGGAGCUGGGCAAGAGGCGUCCGCCGUAGCACCCGCGCACUCGUAGUGCCCCAGACCUGCCUGCGGGCCCGGGCCCUCCUUGUCGCCUAACCGCCCGCCUUCCCCUCCCCUCUACCCUUUGUGCCGCCGCGGCUCGGUGCUCCCGGCUCCGCAGGACCCCGGCCGGGCCAGACCGCCGCGGCGCGUCCGCCCCCUGUGGGCGCCGGGUCAGCGGCCGAUGGCGAAGGGGCACAGCGCGGGCGGGGGCGCUGCAGCCGGAGUCCGCGGCACGGGAGACCCGGCCCGCCUCCGCCGCAUUGUCCCGGGCCCCGCACCCCGGCCCUGAGCCGCGUCGCCGCAGCACCCGCCCGCCGCCCGCGGGGCCAUGCGGAGGGCUGCCGGGAUGGAGGACUUCUCCGCGGAGGAUGAGGAGCCCUGGUACGACCAGCAGGACCUGGAGCAGGACUUGCACUUGGCCGCAGAGCUGGGGAAGACACUGCUGGAGAGGAACAAGGAGCUGGAGGAGUCUCUGCAGCACAUGUAUGCCACCAAUGAGGAGCAGGUGCAGGAGAUUGAGUACCUGACCAAGCAGCUGGACACACUGCGGCAUGUGAAUGAGCAGCACGCCAAAGUGUACGAGCAGCUGGACCUGACAGCCCGAGACCUGGAACUGACCAACCAGAAGCUGGUGCUGGAGAGUAAGGCUGCCCAGCAGAAGAUCCAUGGGCUGACAGAGACCAUUGAGCAUCUGCAGACCCAGGUGGAGGAGCUGCAGGCCCAGGUGGAGCAGCUUCGGGACCUGGAGCAGCUGAGAGUGCACCGGGAGAAGCGGGAACGCAGGCGCACCAUCCACACCUUCCCCUGCCUCAAGGAGCUGUGCACCAGUCCCCGGUGUGAAGAUGCCUUCCGCCUGCACAGUUCCUCCCUGGAGCUGGGCCCCAGGCCGCUGGAGCAGGAGAACGAGCGGCUGCAGACGUUGGUGGGGGUGCUGCGUUCGCAGGUGAGCCAGGAGCGGCAGCGCAAGGAGCGGGCGGAGCGCGAGUUCGCCGCGGUGCUCCAGGAGUACUCGGAGCUGGAGCAGCAGCUCUGCGAGAUGGAGGGCUGUCGCCUUCGCGUGCAGGAGCUGGAGGCCGAGCUGCUGGAGCUGCAGCAGAUGAAGCAGGCGAAGACUUACCUGCUGGACCGGGAGGACCACCUGGCCGAGGCCCUGCUGGCACCCCUCACCCAGGCCCCCGAGGCCGAUGACCCCCAGCCAGGCAGCGGGGAGGAGUUUGGCGCCCAGGACGGUGUCUCCUCCCCAGCCACCUCCCCCGGCCAUGCUGUGCGCAAGAGCUGCAGCGACACGGAGCUCAACGCCAUCGUGGCCAAAGACUCGGCCAGCCGGCACGCAGGCAACCUCACGCUGCACGCCAACAGCGUGCGCAAGCGGGGCAUGUCCAUCCUGCGGGAGGUGGACGAGCAGUACCACGCGCUGCUCGAGAAGUACGAGGAGCUGCUGAGCAAGUGCCGGCAGCACCGGGCUGGGGUGCGGCAUGCUGGCGUGCAGACCUCGCGGCCCAUCUCCCGGGACAGCUCGUGGAGGGACCUGCGGGGGAGUGAGGAGAGCCAGGGGGACGCCAAGGCGGGUGAGAAGAGCCUGAGCCAGCACGUGGAGGCCGUGGACAAGCGGCUGGAGCAGAGCCAGCCCGAGUACAAGGCGCUCUUCAAGGAGAUCUUCUCCAGGAUCCAGAAGACCAAGGCUGACAUCAAUGCCACCAAGGUCAAGACCCACAGCAGCAAGUGACCCUGUGCUGGCCUGCAACCUCCCCGAGGUCAGGCCAUGGGUCCCUCACGCCUGGGCUGUGCUGCGUGUGGUGAGUGAGGGAGGCUUGUAGCAGCAAUAUAUUCCAGUGGAGGCCGCUCUCUGCCCCAGGAGACGGGGGACAGCUUGUUCCCUGCUGAUGUGGGAGCCGGUCACCAUGUCAACAUGCCUGGCCUCCCCGGACCCUCCACCACCCUGUGUCAGCCCAGGGCCCAGCUAAGAGUUUCAAAGCCAAACGUCCCCACUUCCCUGGGGAUUCCCAGCUCCCCCAGCUUUCUGACCCCAGAUUUGUGGCCAGGCUUCUAAAAGUCUUUCUGGACCAGCUGGCUUUUUUUCCCCAAAGUUUGGGGAUGGGGGGUUUGAGAGAUUUGCAAUGUAAGGCCCCCCAGACCCCUUGCCACAACUGGAAACACUUGAAGGGGGACCCCAGAGCCAGCUGUGGCAGAUUCCUGGGGUCUCCGCGACCACUCACUGCUUCUCCCCAGCUGUGACAUGCUGUCAUUUCCUUAGCACCAGCUGUCCUACCCCCAGGGUCCUGCCCAGGUCAGAGAUGGCCCUGCCAUGCAGUGCAGAAAGCCUCAGCCUGGCCUCGAGUGCCCCCUACUCCAGCCCUGGUGAGGGUGGCCUUCUCCCAGGCCGCAGCCCCCUGCAGAUCUGUAGCCAACCAGAGGGGAACAGCCCCCCUGCAGCCAUACCUGAGCGGUGCACCCGGUUUCCCUCAGAGCCAGCCUCCUUGGGUUCCAGCCCUGGAAAUGCCCUCUGGGCAUUAAGCCUUCCAGGGGUCUGGGUGGUGGGGUGCCUCCCAUUCUCUGCACGCCGCCCACAACUCAUUGAGUUUGGCCUCUGACUGCCCCCACCUCAGGGACCAUAACGUGUCUCAUUCACUCCCAUGCUCCCCACAGGCUGACCCCCCACAGGCCAUGCCUGCUGCCCCCAGAAUGUCCUGGGCACGUGCAACAAGCCAGUGGUCCCAGCGUCCACCCCUGCCCCCCUUCACUGGGGACAGCCCAGGACGUUCACCCCACAAUGAACAGUAUUGAAAUGGGACAGAUGGAUGGAGAGCAUGUCUCCUUCCUCCCAUAACAUGCCUGCUUUUAACGUCCUGCCUUUGUAAGGACUCUUGAGAACCCAGCUGGGUCAGGGUUUUAAUCUUUUGUUAAGGUUUCAGAAAGUCCAACUUCAAGUAAGAGAUGCCCAGAUCCCCAGCUUGCCCUGAGCAAUUCUUCAGGGCUUCCUGUUCCUGCCACCCAUCCUGAGACUGGAGAGAUCAGAGGAGCCAUACAGCUGGUGAAGACGUGGCCCUGGCCUCUGUGCUGGGAGCCCGGUGGGAACCUUCAUGCCUUACUUGUUUCUAAGGGGUAAAGGGGUUUUCUUACUAAGUAUGCCCGACCUCCCCAGAGGUGCCACCCUACUCCCCAGGAGGCACUGUGAUGAGAGCUGUCGGCUGGUCCUUCGUCCACACAUCUUGAAACCCUUUGUCCUUUGGAGCUGGCAGCUCCCAGCCCUCUGUGUGUCA